ACUGGCGAAGAGCCUGGGAAGAAGGGGGAUCCUACAAGAGCUGGGAGACUCUACAAUCUACCUCUGUGUGUGGAGAAAAAGAAAGAAAUAAACAGAUUUUUUUAUUUUUAUUUUAAUGCACAUUUAAUCGUCGCCGCAGACAGCCGUGCAGAGCCUGAACACAAACGCGGCGACUUUUUUUUUUUCCUUUUCUUCAUUUUUAACUCCCAAAUAUGAAAACAGGAGAGAGGAGAGCUUCUGAGCCGCAACGAAGUCUGCCUGUCAGCUUAUUUACAGAGUGAAAUCUCUGCCAGGUCUGAAGACGACUUCUCAAGCUGACCCAGAAAAAACAACUUUUCUUCAAGUUGAAAAAGAAAAGAAAAACUUUUGUUUUCUGCUCGGAUUCUUUGGAGGGCUUGAGAAUUUUGUUUUUUACGAAAGACACGCGAACGCUACGCCACGCAAACAUCGAGUCAGCAGCUUCAAAAAUCUGAAUUCUUUUAUUAAAGAUCCCUUUUUUAUUGACAUUUUCACUCAUGCAUAUUUACAAUUUUUGAAAAAAAAAUUUUUUGGCUGCUGCUGAACGGGUUGUGGGCGGCACUUCUUAAUGUUUACUGUAAAGGUUGGUGAAAAGCUGCGCAAACUUCACUUGUGGCCUGGACCGAAGUGGGGUUAGCCAGGUUAGCUUCAGAGCUAACAUUAACGCUAGUGCUUCAGCUAAGCCAACAAGUCUGCUUUUUUUAAUUUUUGCGUAUAUUUGUGAACUCAAACAGGAUCCUUUUAUUAAGAAAACACGUUUAAGAAACUGUAAGGGCGCUCAUGAGGGAGCUUAUGUUCUUGCUGAUGUGAGGUAGUGGAGGUUUUUUCCGCGAAGUGGCUAACGUUAGCCAUCAUUAGCUUGUGUUUGAGUGAACACGUUGGACACGUUUCCUCCGCCCAUCUUCCGGGAUGUCUUUUAUUUGUUUUUGUUUACCUGUUGGCCCGCGCCGUAAAACAAACCCAGUUUCCUGAGCGUGUAUCUGUCGCAGCUUGAACCGUCCUCCUCGCCCGGGAUUGUUGUGUUAUUUUAGCCGGGAGUGGAGCGGUGGAUGGUGUCAACGAUGUGGCUCCGGACUUUGUGUUUUGUUUUGGCCGCAGUCUGCUGCGUCCUGAUGAGCUGCCAUCAAGCGUGCGGAGAAAUUUGUCCAAGCAAGGACAUUCGCAACAAUGUGACCAACCUGCGAACGCUUGAGAACUGCACUGUGAUCGAAGGCCACCUGAAGAUCUUACUCAUGUUUAAGACCAAGCCCGAGGAUUUCCGAGGCGUCAGUUUCCCCAAGCUGAGAGUGGUGACCGACUACCUGUUGCUCUUCAGAGUUUACGGCAUGGAGAGCCUCAGCAAUCUCUUCCCCAACCUGACGGUGAUCCGAGGCAACAACCUGUUCUUCAACUACGCUCUGGUGCUGUUCGAGAUGCUCCAGCUGCGAGAGAUCGGCCUCCACAGCUUGAUGAACAUCACCAGAGGAGCCGUGAGGAUCGAGAAGAACCCGGACCUCUGCUACCUCUCCACACUGGACUGGUCCAAGAUCCUGGACUCGGUGGAGGACAACUACAUCAUGGCCAACAAAAACGACAGAGAGUGCGGCGACGUCUGCCCAGGGGCGUCCGUUGGAAAGACCACCUGCCAGGCCACAACCAUCAACGGACACUUCAGCGAGCGCUGCUGGACGCAGAGCCACUGUCAAAAAAUGUGUCCCUCUCACUGCAAACACCGAGCCUGCAAAGACGACCAGUGCUGCCACGAGCAGUGCCUGGGCGGCUGCAGCCGGUCCAACUCGGCCAGUCACUGCGUGGCGUGCCGCGGCCUCCAGUACGAGGGCACGUGCGUGGACCGCUGCCCGAACGACCACUUCAUCUACAAGGGCUGGCGCUGCGUUUCCACCGCCUUCUGCCAGGAGCUGCACAACAGGUGCAGGCAGGAAAAGGAGAAGAACAAGAUCACUGAUUGCCACGACUACGUCAUCCAUAACGGUGCCUGCAUCCCCGAGUGCCCCUCCGGCUACUCCAUAGGCAACUCCUCGCUCCACUGCAAACCCUGCGCAGGACCUUGUCCCAAAGUGUGCAGGGGUCUGAAAACGGUGGACUCCGUCACUGCCGCCCAGGCUUUAAGAGGCUGCACGGUUCUCAACGGGAGCCUGGUUAUCAACCUGCGGGGAGGAAACAACAUCGCAGCUGAACUGGAGGCCAGUCUGGGCCAGCUGGAGGAGAUCACUGGCUACCUGAUGGUGCGACGGUCCUACGCCCUCGUGUCCCUCUCAUUUUUCCGUAAACUCCGUGUUAUUCGUGGGGAGGAGCAGGAAAUCGGGAACUACUCCUUCUAUGCCCUGGACAACCAGAACCUCCGGCAGCUCUGGGACUGGUCCAAGCACAAGCUAACCAUCCUGCAGGGGCGCAUUUUUUUCCACUACAACUCCAAGCUCUGCAUGUCGGAGAUCCGUGAGAUGGAGAACGUGACGGGAACCAAAGGGCGGCAGAGCACCAACGACAUCGCUCUCAAGACCAACGGGGACCAGGCCUCAUGUGAGAACCAUCGGUUGAAGUUCACCCAGAUCCGAACCAUGAGCGAUAAGAUUAUGAUCAAGUGGGAACCCUUCUGGCCGCCAGACUUCAGAGACCUGCUGGGCUUCAUGGUGCUCUACAAAGAAGCACCUUUUCAGAACGUAACAGAGUUUGAUGGGCAAGACGCCUGCGGCUCCAACAGCUGGGUGAUUGCAGAUGUGGACCCUCCGCGGCGGGCCACGGAUGGGGAGAGGGAGCAGAUUGAACCGGGUCACCUCAUCAUGCCUCUGAAGCCCUGGACGCAGUACGCCAUAAUGGUGAAGACCCAGCUGUCUGCGUCUGACGAUCACCAGGUCCUCGGAGCCAAAAGCGACAUCAUCUACGUCCGCACCAACGCCACCAAACCGUCAGUCCCACUGGACCCCAUCUCCUCGUCCAACUCCUCCUCACAGAUCAUCUUGAAGUGGAAACCUCCCAAUGACCCCAACGGAAACAUCUCUCACUACCUGGUUUUCUACCAGCGGCAGCCCGAAGCCAGCGAGCUCUACAAGUUUGACUACUGCCAGAAGGGGAUGAAGUUACCGUCGCGGGUGCCCACUCAGGUGGACAGCGACGAGGAGCAGAAGUGGAACCAGACCGAGGAGCAGGGCCAGGGGACGAGAUGCUGCGCCUGCCCGAAAACCGACAAGGAGCUCAAGAAGGAGAAGGAGGACUCAGAGUACCGAAAGACCUUUGAGAAUUACCUUCACAACGAAGUCUUUGAGAUCAAACGCUCCAGGCAUAGGCGCUCCAUGGUGGGCAUCGCCAACCGAACGCACCCCUUCCUCACCACCGCCCCCAGCCCGACCGGGGCCACGGGCAUCCCGGACGACGAGGACGAGGAGAACUUCGAAGGCACCAAGACGAUGGUCUUCGUCCCUAACAAGGAGACCACGGUCAUCUCCGGCCUGCGCCACUUCACCAGCUACCAGAUCGAAAUCCACGCCUGCAACCACCCCACGGAACAGACCCGCUGCAGCAUGGCGGCGUACGUCAGCGCCCGCACCAUGCCCGAGGAUAAAGCUGAUGAUAUCUUGGGUCCCAUCACUCACGACGUGUCAGAAAACACGGUGCACAUAAGUUGGCACGAACCUGCAGCCCCCAACGGUAUCAUCAUCCUGUAUGAAGUGAACUACAAGAGACAGGGAGACUCUGAGGAACUGCACUACUGUGUGUCGAGGAACAUGUACAGAUCUAUUAAAGGUUGCAGACUGAAAGUGAUGCAUCCUGGGAAUUACACUGUGAGGAUUCGGGCCACCUCUCUGGCUGGAAACGGAUCUUGGACCGAACCUACUUUCUUCUAUGUUCAAGAUCCAAGCGAUCCUCUCUACAUUGUGAAGAUCAUCAUCGGGCCGAUCAUCUGCGUCAUCCUCCUGGUGCUUGUGUCCGGCACAGGAUUUAUCCUGUUCAGUAAGAGUCAAACUCAAGGGCCUAGUGGUCCCAUUUACGCCUCUUCAAAUCCUGAGUAUCUCAGCACUAAUGACGUGUACGAGGAGGACGAGUGGGAGGUGCCCCGCGAUAAGAUCAACAUCCUGCGCGAGCUGGGGCAGGGCUCCUUCGGCAUGGUCUACGAGGGCAUCGCCAAGGACAUCAUCAAGGGCGAGGGGGAGACGCGGGUGGCGGUGAAGACGGUGAACGAGUCGGCCAGCCUGCGGGAGAGAAUCGAGUUCCUGAACGAGGCCUCGGUCAUGAAGGCCUUCAGCUGCCAUCAUGUGGUGCGUCUGCUGGGCGUCGUAUCGAAGGGCCAGCCCACGUUAGUGGUGAUGGAGCUGAUGACCCACGGAGACCUGAAGAGCUACCUGCGCUCCCUGCGACCCGACGCUGAGAAUAACCCUGGACGUCCUCCGCCCACCCUGAAGGAGAUGGUCCAAAUGGCGGCAGAGAUCGCAGACGGCAUCGCCUACCUCAACGCCAAGAAGUUCGUCCACAGAGACCUGGCAGCCAGAAACUGCAUGGUGGCUCACGAUCUGACCGUCAAAAUCGGAGACUUCGGUAUGACCAGAGACAUCUACGAGACGGACUACUACAGGAAGGGAGGGAAGGGCCUGCUGCCGGUCCGGUGGAUGGCUCCUGAGUCUCUGAAGGACGGCGUCUUCACCGCAAAUUCAGACUGCUGGUCGUUCGGGGUGGUGCUGUGGGAGAUCAGCACUCUGGCUGAGCAGCCGUACCAGGGCCUGUCCAACGAGCAGGUCCUCAAGUUCGUCAUGGACGGAGGCUUCCUGGACCGGCCUGACAACUGCGCUGACAGACUACACAACCUGAUGCAGAUGUGCUGGCAGUACAACCCCAAGAUGCGGCCCACCUUCCAGGAGAUCAUCGAGAUGCUGAAGGACGACCUGCACCCCACCUUCCGCGAGGUCUCCUUCUUCUACAGCGAGGAGAACAAGCCGCCGGAGUGCGAGGACUUCGACCUGGACAUGGAGAACAUGGAGAGCAUCCCGCUGGACCCCUCCUCGUACUCGCACAACGAGCAGUGCUCGGACAGGGACGAGCUGUCCUCCAUGGGACUGAGGGGCAGCUACGAGGAGCACCACAUCCCGUUCACGCACAUGAACGGGGGCAAGACCAACGGACGGAUACUGGCCCUGCCGCGGUCCAGCCCCUCCUAACAAACAACACACCCAGGAGCAGAUUCAAAUCUAUUUUUCUCUUCUUCUUUUUUUUUGUUCCAAUUUUAUAGAAAUCUCACUUUUAUCACUUUCUCCUCAGACGCCCCUCAAUGCAAAACUCAGGACCUUAUUUUUCUCUCCAGAUGCCACAAACACUACAGAAAGUCCACGCACAGCGGACGCCUCGAGACACUUUUUUUGUAUUUAAGGACAAAUCUCCUGCGUCUCUUAUUGUUCAUGAUUGUACUUUAUAUAU